GCGUCUGCGAAGCAGCCAGCAUUAAUCAUGGCGCGAAUGAUUCCGUUGGCGUUGCUCUUGAGUCUUCUUCUCCCGGCUCAUGGGGGGCGCGUCAGACGGAUGACCGGUGGGACAGAGGCACCAGACCACAAGUACCCGUACCUCGUGUCCUUCCGGCAGAGUGAGGACCCCAAUCGAACGGAGGAGUACUAUCAUUUCUGCAGUGGAUCUAUCCUAAAUAAACAGUGGAUUUUGACUUCUGCUUCGUGCUUCGCUAAACGAAAUCCUAAAGUCACGUGGGCCGUCGUUGGUACAAAUGACUUCUUCAAGGGUGGAGAUAAAUACACAAUCGACAGGAUAGUUUUCCAUGAAAAUUACGAUAAACGUUAUCGCGACAAUAUUGCAGUUGUCCGUGUUGCUGAGGAAAUCCAGUUCAAUGACAAUGUACAACCAGUGACACUGUACACUAAUGAGUUCACGCGAUAUGGCGCGAUGGGCACAGUUGCCGGCUGGUCUGUCAAGGACAAUCUUAUGCUGAGCGACAAACUCCAUGAGAUCAAUCUCCCAAUAAUCUCCAAUGAAGAAUGCAGAAAGGAUCGCCGAGGGUACAUUACGGAAAAACACAUUUGCACUUAUUUCAACAGCACCGUGGGUCUGUGCUUCGAGGACAUUGGCGGGCCCUUGAUCUUCGAAGGCGCGCAGCUUGGUAUCGCCUCGUACGCUAUCCCUUGCAGUCUCGAUUGGCCCGAUGUCUACACGAGAGUCUCCGGUUAUCUCCAGUGGAUUACAGAUAAUGUGGAAAUUGCAAGAACUACUUCCAACUACAUAUAAAAUCGAGAAUAAAGAUGAAAUGAAGAUUAAUGAUUUGUAAUAAUUUAAUAAUUGAUGGCAACUCAUGUCUCUUUGUGUUCAUUUAUGUAAAUUUACAUUUGUAAUCGCACGGUUAUGAAUUUUCAUGAAAAUGAUUAUUCAUGAUUUGAAUGAGGGAAGCCAUGAAAACUGUGAAUUUCAAUUCAAUUAUUUCGUCAAAAUUCAGAAAAAUUCGGAAAAUUUACGACAUUUUGCUGCUGAACAUUAAUGUUCAAUUUAAUUAAAUGAAUUUACACAUUAAAUAAAUAAUUUUUCGAAUACAA